GUUGUAGCUGCUGAAUUUAAUUCUGAUUGGAAAACACCGCCCACCCGGUCGAUGAUGAGGUCAAAACCGAGUGUAUCUUUUUCACUCCAUGUUUCUGUAUGGUCCCAUUUGUAAAUAACACACCACUUCGGAUUUUAUUGAUGUUUUUUCUUUAGAAAAUGUGAGCUUUUAUCUCUCACUGGGGGCCACAAAUGAUAUUGCUCAUGCAUUGACUCGCAGGCGUCGUUAAACCAUACACGAAGAGGGCCUGGUGAGGCCAAGAGGAGAGCACCCUUAAGGUUUUUAUUCAUUUGCAUGAAAAAUAAACUCGCUGCAGACAUGAGGAUCACAGACAGCGUGUUACGAAGUUUCAGGGUUGCCAGAAUAUACCGAGAAAAUGCCGAGAAAGUCAACUGCGUGGACUUCAGCCCAGAUGGCGAAAAUGCAGUGUCGAGCAGCGACGACGACUGUAUUGUGUUGUAUGACAUGCGAGAGGGGAAACAUAAAAGGACCUUGUUCAGCAAGAAGUAUGGAGUAGACCUCAUCCGCUACACACAUGGAGAUACACACACAGUGGUCUACAGCUCCAACAAACAAGAUGAUACCAUCCGAUACCUGUCACUUAUGGACAACAAGUUCAUCAGGUAUUUCCCAGGUCACACUGCAAGAGUUAUUGCUCUGUCCAUGUCACCAGUGGAUGACACGUUCAUCUCAGGCUCGUUGGAUAAGACGAUCCGGAUCUGGGACCUGCGCUCUCAGAACUGUCAAGGUUUGACUAAUCCUCUGGGGAAGCCUGUCUGUUCCUUUGACCCUGAGGGGCUGAUAUUUGCUGCAGGCGUGGAAUCACAAGCCAUUAAAUUAUAUGACCUUCGUGCUUUUGACAAGGGUCCCUUUGCCUCCUUCGAGACAAGGUUUAAUCGUGUCUGUGACUGGACUGGACUCAAAUUCAGCAACGAUGGUAAACAGAUUCUCGUCACCACCAAUGGAGGGAUGAUUCGCGUCCUGAAUGCUUUCAGUGGAUCAGUGCUGCACACUUUUUCUGGCUACAACAACAGUAAAGGGAUCUCCCUGGAGGCCUGCUUCACUCCCGACUCACAGUUUGUCAUGAUAGGCUCGGAGGACGGGAGAGUCCACGUUUGGAGCACUGAGAGUGGGAUGAAGGUAGCUGUGCUGGACGGGAAACAUCCAGGACCCAUCAAUACUCUGCAGUUUAACCCCAGAUACAUGACGUUUGCCAGCGCCUGCACCAACAUGCUGGUGUUAGAUUGGUACAGGGAGCCGGCACAGAGCUGGGACAAGGAUUACGAUCAGUUCCUGCUCCCUCUGCUCACGCCUCAGGAGCCCUGCUACAUCCUCUACCGCCUGGACUCCCAGAAUGCACAGGGAUACGAGUGGAUCUUCAUCGCCUGGUCACCCGACCAGUCACCAGUGAGACAGAAGAUGGUGUAUGCAGCCACCCGCGCUACGCUGAAGAAAGAGUUCGGAGGAGGUCACAUUAAAGAUGAAAUGUUUGGCACGGCCGAGGACGACCUGUGCUUCCAGGGGUACCUGCGACACAUGUCCUCCUGCUGCUCCCCGGCUCCACUCACAGCAGCUGAGCAGGAAUUACAACGGAUUAAAGUCACUGAGGAUAAAGUCGUAUGGGAUGAGCGUAGACGAAUUGGGACUCCAACAGCACGAGCGAGGGUCACGAUGGAGUUUGGCCUAGACAAAAGGGCACAGACUCUUCAAGGACUUGCUUUCCCGCUACAAGAAGAGGCCAAACGAGCUCUGCAGCAGCUGAAGCAGAGACGCAUCAACUACAUCCAGCUGAGGCUGGAUGUAGAGAAAGAGACCAUUGAGCUGGUUCACACCAAACCUACAGAGACCCAGGAGCUUCCCUACAGGAUUCCCACAGACUCACCGAGAUACCACUUCUUCAUCUUCAAGCAUUCCCACCAGGGUCAGCUGCAGGAGGCGCUGGUGUUCAUAUACUCGAUGCCUGGGUACACCUGUAGUAUCAAAGAACGGAUGCUGUAUUCCAGCUGUAAGAACAGACUACUGGAUGAGGUGGAGAGAGACUACCAGCUGGAGGUCACCAAAAAGAUGGAGAUAGACAGCGGCGACGGGCUGACAGAAGACUUCCUGUAUGAGGAGGUCCACCCAAUGGAGCACACCUUGAAACAGGCCUUUGCCAAGCCUCGUGGACCAGGAGGGAAGAGGGGCAACAAACGCCUCAUCAAGGGUGCAGGGGAGAACGGGGAAGACAGUUAGACAUUAUACACACAAGACAUUAUACACAAGCACACACGCAAACCAACACGAUAUCUAUGAAUUGACUUGUUAUUUGACUGUUUUUAGCUUCUAGACAUUUCUUCUUUUUACGGGCAGACAUAGAUUUCACACUGAAAAGCAAUAAAAUAGAUCCACCAGAAAGCAGAAUUCACAUUCAUCCAUCCCCUUUCCUCAUACAAAAGCAGACACAUGAUAAUUUUUGUUGGUUUGUGCUAUAGGCCUGAGCUUGAGAAACACAUAUAUAUAAAGGAAAGUGGUAAAAGAAAAAAAAGUAUGCACAAUUAAAGGUGCACUUUGUUUCAGAAUUUUAAUAUUUACAUUUUAAAUGAGGUAAUAAUACAAAUUGAGUAAACUGUACACUGUACACUGAGUACACUGUUUGAAGCUAAAAGGGUGUCAGCGUCUGUCAAAAAAUAUACAUGACAUCAUGUUUUCCUGUUAGGUCAGUUUGUUUAUUCAGUCGUGAACACAAAGAGUUUGUUUACUUAGUUUGUUUCAGCAUAAAAUAAGUCAGUCAGUGAAGUACACAUGGUUCUUAACACUCUCACGUCUGUAUGUUGAGGAGCUAUAAUCUAUAGCUGUUUAGCUUAGUUAAGCAUGAAGACCGGAAAUGGGUAAAAAAUUUGCCAGGCUCUGUCCAAAGGUAGAAAAUUCUGCCUACCAGCACAUCUAAAGCUCACUUAUUAACACUUUAUGUUUUAUUUGCUUAACCCAUUAACACAAAAGAGUAUACUAACAAAGGCUGCAGUGUUAUGGGAGGCAACCAGCAGACCUAAGAUAAAAACUGGAUAUCAAUAAAAUGCUUUUAUGCAUCUUACAAUUUUAUUGAUUUACAUUUGCCAUUUACUGUCCAUGUAUGAAGGCAACCUUUCUCCUCAGAUCUGAUUAAUCCUCUCUUGCCUUCUCUCUUCUCUUGCUGUUGAUGUUCAUUUCCAUAAAGAUGCAAUAUGUAAACAUUUCAGUUGAAAACAUUCAUAAAUUGACUAAAAAACUUAUGAUAUCUGUGUUUUGUGCUGCAGAGAUACCUACUGAAGGCAGCAUGCUAAUUGGCUAGCCCCAAAGCUCUUGUGUAAACACCAAUACUCUCCUCACAAACCCCGCAAAAUGAUGCGUUUUAUUAAUAUCAUUCAACCUGUUCAGUCCAGUAAAAUUUGGAAUGUCUAGAAUUUGUCACACUAUUAUAAUAUUUUAUCCCCAUUUGAGUUAGCUAGAUGCCAAAGAGGGAGCAGCUUUCAUGGGAAUGAGCGGCCUCCAUGAUCCAUGAGACUAUAUAUUUAUAAAGAAGAACUAAAUACCAGAUGCAAGAUGGAGACUAUUCAAACCAAUAACAAUUCUGUCCUCCCGCGUUUACUUCUGCAGCUCAUUGAAUAUGCGCAGCAGAGUUUCACUCCGCCCACAGACUUUACAUUCUGAUGAUGUCAUAGAUUUUCAAAUCACUUUUCUCAGCUUAUCGGAAGUUUAAAAAUACAAAACCUCCAUGGAUCAAUAAUUCUAAAUAGAUAGUCAUAAUCAACUUUGUCUGCAGGGAAAAUGCUUUUUGGGUCCUUUUUUCCCUCUGAAAUACCACGAGUGGCCACCAUGCUGGAUUGGAAGCAAAAUGUGCUAACGACCUAACGGUAACUACAGUUGGUGACAUGCUGCCCCUUUUUGUUGUAGUAAUCGGACAGGUGGACAAUUAAUGCAUACUGCACCUUUAAUCAUUUUCUGUCACUUGGGAAAUAGCCCUGAAAUGUCUGCUUUAUGUUGGAUUUCCCCUUUAAUAGCCUAUGAACAGCUGUUCUCUCUCUGAACCACAUGCAAAAAUUCAUCCACAUCACACUCACAGUCGACUUCCUCAGUUGCCUGAGCUGAAGUCUGUUGUUUUACACGGUCCUACAAUAAAAUAUUUUCUUUA